GUGGAGUGGCUGAAGAAUGAGGAGAUCAUAGACCCUGCUGAUGACCGUAACUUCUACAUCACCAUUGACCAUAACCUGAUCAUAAAACAGGCCAGAUUGUCUGACACCGCUAACUACACCUGUGUCGCCAAGAACAUCGUCGCUAAGAGACGGAGCACCACGGCAACAGUCAUCGUCUACGGUAACAAUCAACUCUCACCCCAACAUGCUAACUGUAACAGCAUUAUAAACCAAGUACCCUGUCACGGGGCAUUUCUCAACCUAAUAUGAACAAUAUAAUCUGCAUUAUUUUACACCUGGAUCUGUUAAUGAUGCGAUAAUGAAAGCGAUAAUGAAAUAUUUAAAUCAUGUAGGCCUACUAGAAAAAGUAGAAUGUGUCAAUUCUAGUAUAGAUUUACAUGAUAAAGAUCUAUAAAAAAUACCUGUUUCUACUUCUUCCCCUACCUUGAUCCAGCCUGAAGGUAUAUCAGGGAGUUUGGAGCUUUUCCUCUCUGAGUCAGAGCUGUAUUUAAGGAGGACCCCUGCUGUGCUUUUACACACAUUUCCCUGAAACAUCAGACACUUCCAUGAACACACAACCUCAACACUGUCACACAGAAGUUAAACUUCAAAACCUGAUAGAGUGGGAAAAGUCAAAACAGAAACAGAUUCUCAACAAGUGACUAAGGCAUCCCAUCUGCCACAGUCAUACUAUGCGUGUAUGAAUUAUAGUGAACAAGUAUAUAAAUGCAACAUGUAAAGUAUUGGUCCCAUGUUUCAUGAGCUGAAAUAAAAGACCCCAGAAAUGUUCCAUACGCACAAAAAUGUUAUUUCUCUCAAAUUUUGUGCACAGAUUUGUUUACAUCACUGUUAGUGAGCAUUUCUCCUUUGCCAAGAUAAUCCAUCCACCUGACAGGUGUGGCAUAUCAAGAAGCUGAUUAAACAGCAUGAUCAUUACACAGGUGCACCUUGUGCUGGGGACAAUAAAAGGCCACUCUAAAAUGUGCAGUUUUGCCACACAACACAAUGCCACCGAUGUCUCAAGUUUUGAGGGAGCAUGUCAUUGGCAUGCUGACUGCAGGAAUGUACACCAGAGCUGUUGCCAGAGAUUUGAAUGUUAAUUUCUCUAGCAUAAGCCAACGUCAUUUUAGUGAAUUUGGCAGUACGUCCAACCGGCCUCACAACCAGCUGGCCACGUGUAUGGCGUUGUGUGGGCGAGCGGUUUGCUGAUGUCAACGUUGUGAACCCAAUGGUGGCGUUGGGGUUAUGGUAUGGGUUGGCAUAAGCUACGGACAACGAACACAAUUGCAUUUUAUUGAUGGCAAUUUGAAUGCACAGAGAUACCUGAGGCCCAUUGUCGUGCCAUCACUUCAUGUUUCAACAUGAUAAUGCACGGCCCCAUGUCGCAAGGAUCUGUACACAAUUCCUGAAAGCUGAAAAUAUCCCAGUUCUUCCAUGUUUGGGAUGCUCUGGAUCGAUGUGUACGACAGCGUGUUCCAGUUCCCGCCAAUAUCCAGGAACUUCUCACUGCCAUUGAACAGGAGUGAGACAACAUUCCACAGACCAUAGUCAACAGCCUGAUCAACUCUAUGCGAAGGAGAUGUGUCUCGCUGCAUGAGGCAAAGGGUGGUGAUUUUUUUUUAAAGGUAUCUGUGAGCAACAGAUGCAUAUCUGUAUUCCCAGUCAUGUGAAAUCCAUAGAUUAGUGCCAAAUUAGUUUACUUCAAUUGAUUGAUUUCCUUAUAUGAACUGUAACAUAGUAAAAUCUUUGAAAUUGUUGAAUGUUGCGUUUAUAUUUUUGUUCAGCAUAGCUGGUACCUGUCAGACUGUUAGGUCUUUGAAUGGAGAGGCUAGUCCACGAGUCCUCACCCCUCCUUAUCCUCACCGUCGCCUGAGUCCUGAUAACUACUGUACCUCUCUGCUCCCCAGUCUCCCUUUAGGGGAUUAAACACGCAUGACAGCACAGACAUUCAGGCCUCAGGACUUCUUCCACCCUAGGAGGAAUGCAGCUACCCACCCAGCAUGUGAAGUGGCUAAACCUCAAGUUAUUAAGUCGGUCUGUCAGUCUGUCAGUCUAGCUAAUCAUCAGCUAACAGACACGAGGCUGUUUAUAGCCUUAACCCCCUACACAUAAACACACACGUGUGAGUGAGUGGACACACACAACACAUGCAACCACACACACACACACACACCACCACACACACGCAGAAAACCAGACCAGAAUGGGUGGAGGUUUGCAGGAAUUGAUGAUGCCAUCAGGGUCAGGUUUCAAAUCCAUCUCUCCCUCCAUCCCUCCAGUGUCUCCCAGUACAGCACAUCAUCCAUAAAUCACACACGCUGGCUCUGCCAUGGAGGAUUAUGGGGGAUUAGGGGGCCUAAGUUAUUGUUGGUGUCCUAUUUGUUUAUUUAUCUAUUUUAGUUGUCCAUUCUGACAGGGGAGAGCAGCAUGUGUGGCUUAGAUGAGUCCAGUAUGAGGGUGAAGUAGAGCAACAGUGUGUGUGUGUGUGUGUGUGUGUGUGUGUCAGCAGACUUUGGGGUCUUCAGGGACUGGGGUCGUUGUCCCUGCUAGGCUUUUCCCUUCACUAAUGCAGUCUGGGAGGACUGAGUGAGUGCGCCGGAAAAAGGCUUUGAUGUUGGCUCAGCCUUAAAAGAAUACACCAGAAGCCACUUUCUCUGCCUGGGUUGCGUCAGUCCCCCUUCCCCUGUAUACAGGCAGGCAGGCAGGGCGGGAGAGAGAGAGAGGGAGAGAGGGAGAGAGAGAGGGAGCGAGGGAAAGAGAGAGAGAGUUUUGAGAUUGGUUCCCUCAUUACCAGAGGAGACAGAGCAGCCCAGUGGUUUUCCAGCCUGCACCACAACAAGGAAUCUGGGUAGGGGCUGGGGAGGACACGCAGAGAGAGGGAUGGAUGGAAAGAGGGAUACAGAGAAGGAGGAAGAGUAAUAAACCCCAGAAGGAAAGAAAGAGACAGUGAAGAAAGGCAGGGUUUGGCUCUGGUCCCCUGGAGUCUGGUGCUUGGGGCUUCACUCAUCAUAAGCUCUGAGGGGCCUCUAGCUCCUCACAUCUGAAAUGCCACAGUCGUGUUCUCAGCCACACACCCCACUGUCAUUCUGCUCUUGAUUUUGACUGAGACGCAGAUGGAAUUGGAGGAAAGGAAGAAGGGAUUUGAGGGAUUCAGAAGAUGGAAAAUAGAGCAGCCAGAAUAGCCUGUCCACAUACCAAAUAGUGCUUACAGGGGAGAAGAACACCACAUGAAAACGCUCAAGUGUACUACAGAUUCUUCAAUGCCAUGUAAAUUCAAACAAAAAAGGGCGGGUGGAAAACACUCACAUUCUUCAAGAUUCACUCAAUGCCACUAUUAAAAGGACAACAAUUGUAUUUGCUAAAGUGUUAAAUAUUUUGUUUUUUGGGGUUUUUCUACAGUGAAUGGCGGCUGGUCAACAUGGACGGAGUGGACGGUGUGUAACAGUCGCUGUGGCCGUGGUUACCAGAAGCGUACGCGGAGCUGCACUAACCCAGCACCUCUCAACGGGGGUGCCAUCUGUGACGGGCAAGGCAUUCAGAAGCUGGCAUGCAACCCACUGUGCCCAGGUAGUUACAGCGCCACUUGUCACCAACGCUUAUGGAGCAGGGGAGUGCAAUUUACUGGACAUCACAAACAGAUUGCUAUAUUUUCAUAAAUACAGAUAUGUGUAUCAAUCAUUCUCACUCUCAUUCUUCCCACCCCACCCCGUUUCUUUCCCACGAAUUGUCACACAUUCAUUCACCCAAUCUCGCACACUCUCCCAACCUCCAUGCCUUCUCACCCUCUCCUCCCUCCCUCCCUCCCCUCCACCAUGCCCCCUGCCCCCCACUCCCUCCCUACCUCGCCUCUGUGUGUUAGUGGAUGGCCUGUGGACAGAGUGGAGUAAAUGGUCCACUUGUGGGACAGAGUGUACCCACUGGAGGAGGAGGGAGUGCAGCGCCCCGGCACCCAAAAACAGGGGGAAGGACUGUGAGGGCAUGGUGCUUCAGUCCCAGAACUGCACCGAUGGCCUGUGUAUGCAGAGUGAGUACAGAACAUGA